AAGCAAAUGUAUAAACUUCUUGAUUUGAAUAAACAUACAGUUAUACAAAUUAAUUAAAAUAGCAAUGAUUUAUGCUAUUUCAAACGAAAUAAUUAAACUUGGAUUCACCAAAUUGUUACACUGGACAUUCUGUCAAUGGAAUAACCUACGGAGUGCAAUAAUAAAAUACUGUCAGUGAGCAGCACGAUUGUAGCAACAAAUAGUAGUGAGCAGAUUUGGACAAUGGACGCCAUGUUCAUGUUUUUACUUUCCUUAGAGGAAUAAUAAUGGAUUUUUAGCAAUAGAAAUGUUUCGACAAUGACCGUUAUAUUUUGUCUACAAUGCAUCUUCUUUGAACGCUGAAAAGAAUAACUGGGACAAUAAUCAAACGGUCAAAUAAAAUAAAAUAUUUAGUAUCUUUACAGUACCCGAACAAUGUCAUUAAUUUAUAAUGAACUUUUGCAAGGGCUUUAAACAAUGAGUUAUUUAGAGAACCUGAAAAGUACUUCCUCACAGCAAUGCUUACACAACCGCUUUACUACUGAGAGAGAUAUUCUAGUUCAACAGCGAAAUGGUAUUUCUAAACUGUUAAAUCAAAAGCAAAAAGUCAACGGCCAAAUGAAAUGCAACUAUUUAAAAGACACAAACACAUCUGCAUACCAGACAACCGAAGAAGGGGGCUGGUGCCCGAUAGCCACAAAGACAAAACAUUUAGGAUUUGAUAGAAGUCUUGCUACAACUUUGGCACACUUUUUUAAAGGAAAAACUGUAGGAAGUUUUGGAGAUGGUCCUGGGGCAUACAAAAUGGCAAUACUGACUACAGGAUUGGUAAAAGAGUAUGACGCGUACGACGGAGCACCGUUUUGUGAAGAUACAAGUAAUGGCUCUGUUCUUUUUCUUGAUCUAUCCAUACCACAGUACGGGCUUCCUGUUUAUGACUGGAUUCUGUGUCUCGAAGUUGCUGAACAUAUACCAGGAGAAUUUGAAGCUAUAAUGAUAGAUAAUAUCAAUCGACAUGCUCGUGAAGGAGUAAUUUUAAGUUGGGCUACACCUGGGCAGGGAGGUUAUUCACACGUCAAUAAUCGAUCUCCAGAAUAUGUAAUUGCUGAAAUGGAAAAAAUAGGAUUUCACUAUGAUGCACAAGAAACAGAAAACAUCAGAAAAGGUGCAAAGCAUAGAAAUCUUAAGCGAAAUAUUAACGUUUUUCUACGAACUGUGCUCAAUAACUUGGCAGUUAAUGCUUGAUGUAAUUGUUUAGAUAAAAAGGCAAUAUAUUCCGUUAGGUUUAAAAUGUAUUUGGAGUAGUUUUAACAAACGUAUACUUUCAUUAUCAAUAUCAGUGGUUUUUGUUCAAAUGCCAGUUUUAAUUUUUCAAACGUAUAGAAAUAUUUACAAUACUUGAUAAAGGACGUCUGGUACAUCUAAUAAUGUUUCCGUGCAAACUCUGAGUCAGUAUUACAAAAAAAUUCUCUGCGAGUAUAAAAAAUGCGUUUUUGUGCAUUCAUGGAUGUUUAUGUGUACAUGUGCUCAUACUGUGUAUAUGCAUAAAUUUACCUGUUCGCAGCUCAUAUACUUUUACCUGUUUCUGGCACAAAUAUACAUGGCACAGUACUUUAACCGUUCCAUGAACGUGCAAAAGUGUUUCUGUCGCACAUUUACCCGGCAAGGUGCGUCUGUAAACUAUUUAGUGAUCUUGACGCACAAAUACAGGGAAAUUACUGCACAAAUAUGGGAAACUGCUUUUUUCUCAAACAAUUCUCGACAAAUAGGUUUAGCAGCACAUAUACAGCAAAUUGCUUCUGCAGCAGAUACGCGGAGAAAUUUUUCUGCUGCACAUGUUCGACAAAGUGAUGGUACUUCACGAAAACCAAAUAGUGCUUUUGACGCAUAUCUACAUGACAUUAAUGUUUGUUUCACAUUACCGACGACGUGUUUCGGUCGUACAAAUAUAAAACAGGGCUUCUGCACUCAUUAACAGUGUAAAGUGCUUUGCCAUAAAUAUACAUGCAAAAGUGCUUUAGUUAUACAUUUAUGGAGUAAAAUAUUUCUACCACAAUGGUGCGGGGUGCGUGACUAAGAGCUUCUAUCACACUUAUACGUGGAAAAGUGCUUUUGCCACACAGUCACACGGGGCAAGUAGCUUCUGUAACGCAAAUACGUUGCAAAGUACUUCCGCCAGCCAAAUAACUGGCCAAGUGCUUUUGACACACAUAUAGUGGGCACAGUGCUUUUGACAUACAUGUACAGAGCAAAGGUCUUUUUCACAUAUGUUCUAUGCAAUGUGCCAAGCAACAUAUAUAGUGUGCAACGUAAUUCGUCCAUGCAUAUACGGGGAAUAAUGUUUCUGUCACACAUAUAGGGGGCAAUUAACUUUUGUAGCACAUACAAAGCACGUGCUUCUGUCGCUUAUAAAAGGGACUAAGUGCGUAUCUGCCAAAUGAUUCUUAACCAACAAUACGGGCACACAGACACCGUGCAAAGUGCUUUUGCCUCGCAUUAAAGUGCUUCUUCUGCUCCUAUAUAGAAAACGUUUCUGCAACACAUAUAUAGAGCAAUGUGCCCCUACCCAAAGUAUGUAAUCUUAUUUUCUCGCUAAAUACGGUCAAGUGCUUGCCGCAUAAAAGCUGACAAACGUGCUUCUGUCGCACAUAUACAGUGAAACUUGUGAUAAAUAUCCGCGCAAUCUCGUUGUAAACAAAAGUGACACGCGUUUGAAAAGCUUCCUGUUUCAAUAACGGCUUUUUUGUGAUCGUCUAAUCAAAUAUAUAAAAAUGAGAAGCAUGAUCGUGUAUCGUUCAUCCAACAAAAACCUCGGUUGGUAUUUCCCAAUAAGUGAAUUAACUACCGUUCAUUUUAGUGAUUUAUUUGAUUAUUUUCUAAUCAAACAAUUAGAUCAGACACUAAAUGAUAAAUGCUAGUUCAUGCUUUCGAUAAUUAAAGGAACACACCAGCCACUGCUAAAUGAAAGCCGUAGUCCUGUUAGCAGGGCAGUCUAGCACCAGGGCUGAUGAAAGAGCACCCCGUAAGCGAUAUGACAUCAUACAACAUAUGCAACUGUUAUUAGUAACCAUAGUUCACAGGAAACAAGACAUAGGUGGAAAAACAACAUACAUUGGACGCAAGUUUGCGCAAAAGUUUAACAAUAAUCGCAACCAAGAAAAACCACAAACCAUCAAAGAAAUCUAGGAAUAUUCCUUAUCAUGGCUUUAACAAUAAAAGGCAGAAUGUACAAAGGAAAAUGGUCGAAACACAAAGUUCAACAAGGUUUGAAAGUCGUUAUACUCAUUGCCAAAAAGAAGAAACAAGCAAUAGGAUUUUUUUUCACAGGCCGACCUACCAGGAAAGAAUAGAAUGAUUGUCAGUGAAGAACCAAAAGGCCGUUGAUAUUCGGGUAAUUAAUAUAUUAUUAUUAAGAAAUUGAAUAAGGAUAUGUUUAUAAACUUUUAAUGGAAGGUUUGAAAUUCACAUCGACACCAGAGAAACAAAGUUGUAAGAAUCAGAAACACACAUUCAGGAAUUUACUAGAAGUUUACGUUUAAAAGCUGUUUUGAAGGCCGGAGGAAUGAUAAUAUAUUAAUUGGAGAAAAAAAACAAAUGCAAAUUAUUAAUGUACACCAGAAAUGAUGUAUCUCUAGAUCAAUUUUUAGAAAGUCUUGAUCAUUUUCAGAGGUCUUGUAAUUAACAAAAUCUAAUAUAUCAAAACUUGAGAGAAAUUCUCUUAAAAAUUAAAUUCAUUAUGAAACCAUGAUACCAAAGGAGGCUGAUCAAGGAUGUGCUUCUAUAACAAUGGAGAUUU